CGAGGAAGUCGCAAGAUGGCUGAUGUCGCUUGGAAGUAAUGUUCCCCUCUGCAACAUGAAGCCGUGAGUGUGGAAGAAAGCGAGGGAGGCACCAUCGGGCUUUUAUUUUUAUUUUUAUUUUAGUUACUUUUCUUUUAUUUCGUCAAACAUCCAUCUCAUUCCGCGUCGUGUCCGCCCCGGACUUGUCUUCGGGAGUUGACGCGUCAAAUCACGCCGGGGACCCUGCCAGCAGCUAGCAGCUAGCCGCAGCGUUAGCAACUGUUAGUGGAGCUAGCCAGACACACAGCUUGUUACUUUGUUUUACUUGAUAUUCUGACACCUGCGAACCAACAAGCUACCGGUACAAAUGUGCUGAAAUUUGCCCAAGGUAGUGCAGACUAAAUGUCAAAUAUUCUAGCUGUCAGAUACAAAAAUAACGAUUUUGCAAGCUGCUCGGUUAAACAUGUCCGCGAACUGGCCAUCCAGCCUAUGGGUUGCUAACUAAUGCGCAGUAUUGCAUCUGUUUCAUGUGCACAAACCAGCAGGAUAGUUAUUUUAUUGGCAUUUUAAAAAAUAAUAUCCACCACCUUGCUGCAUUUCCGUUAUCUGCUGCCAACUACAUUUUCGAAGCUGGUUUUGUCAAAGCCAAAUUAUGGGAGCAGAAAAUGUGUUGAACUUUUUCUGGUGGUAGGUAGCUACACUGGCCUUGCUGGCAUCUCACCAAAAAUCCACAGGGAUGGACACUAAACUGAGCACCCACGACCAAAACUGAGGAAUUGGCAUUUUUCGAUAUCUCGGAAUAAGUAAGUUGACACACGUGUACAACAGUGCACGGUGACUCAUUUCACUUGUCUGGGUGGCAGAUAAGUUGUUUUGCAGGGUUAACUAAACUACAGUUAGUCACUACAUCGGAGACCAGUUAGCUUGCCUAAAGUGCACAGCUAGCUCACGGUCUCGCCCCACAUCACAUCACAACCACGGCGUACAGAACGUAUUCAGAGCCCGCUCCCGGCCAGACACACAGGCUCAACAACACCGUCAUGGGAGUUCAGGGUUUUCAAGAGUAUUUAGAGAAGCGGUGUCCCGGGGCCGCAGUCCCGGUGGACCUCCUAAAGCUUGCCCGUACCGCGGCCCGCCAGCCCCCUCACCACCAUCACCCACACCACCACCCACAUCACCCCGGGCCCAUGCCUCCCCCGCCCCCGCCUGCAAGGAUCCUAAUCGACGCUGACUCCGGCCUGCAGCGCCUCUACGGCGGCUACCAGACGGACUGGGUGUGCGGGGGCGAGUGGAACGCCAUGCUGGGCUACCUGGCCGCCCUGUCACAGGCCUGCCUGUACCAGGGUGGCCUGGAGCUGGUCGUGGUUUUCAACGGCACACUGGGGAAGGAGCGCUGGCCCGAGUGGGCGCGGCGAGCUCAGGGCCAGCGACAGACGGCGCAGCUGAUAGUCAACCACGUCGGCAGCAAGGCCACCCCGCCUCCCCGGGCAUGGUUCCUGCCCCCGGCCUGCCUCAGCCACUGCGUCCGCCUCGCCAUGUUCCGCUUCCGAGUGCGGGUUGUACAGACUUUGGAGGACCACCACCAGGAAGUGCUGUCUCUGUACAGGGACUUUGGAUUUGCAGGCCUAAUUGCUCAGGAUUCUGAGUUUGCCCUCUGCAACGUACCCGCCUACUUCUCGUCGCACGCGCUCAAGCUGAGCUGGAACGGCAAGAACCUGACCACACACCAGUACCUGUUGUCUGAGGCCGCCAGGCAGCUCGGGCUGAAGACACAGCACCUGCCCUGCUUCGCUGCUCUGCUGGGAAAUCAUAUUCUGCCUGAUGAGGACCUGGCUGCCUUCCACUGGAGUCUGCUGGGACCAGAACACCCACUAGCUUCUCUCAAGGUGCGAGCCCACCAGCUGGUGCUGCCGCCCUGUGAGGUGGUGAUCAAGGCCGUCUCGGAGUACGUCUCCUCCAUCAAAGACCUGGGAAACCUCGAUGCCAUCGCCAGAGAUGUCUUCAAACAGUCACAGUCUCGUAUGGAGGACAAGGUGGAGCGAUUCAAGAAAGCUGUGGAGUAUUUCUCAGCUGCCUCCAAACCUCGCUCGCCCAACAUGGGGCCCUCCUCUUUCAUCCUACCUGGGUUUGGUUUUGGGGGACCACCUGGCCACAUGGGACCUAUGCAGCCUGGAAAGAAUCAGUUCCCUCCUCCGCAGGUUCCGGGGUUAAAGCCACCCUAUCAAAAUGCUCCGUAUGGACCUGGCUCCACCCCUCUGUUCCAGAACGCGCCGCCACCGUCCCAAGACUGCAACGAUUCGCUGACGGGCAAGAUGGGCUUCUCUGAUUGGUCGGCUCCAUAUGAUUCCACUCAGGGGGGAAAUCGAGUACCCAAUCAUCACACCGCCACUCAGUCUGUUCCCUCUCCGUCUCCUUCAUCGUCAUCAGAUGGAGAUGAACCCAACGACAGCAACACAAACCAUUUGACGGACAAGCCCUCUCGGUGGGAGGAUCCCGCUGGACGGGCGGGCUCGGCCUCUGGAGACGGCUCACAAGGCAACGGGAGCUCGUCACACAUUCCGUCACUGCUGUCUAUGGCGACGCGGAGUCACAUGGACAUAACCACGCCCCCUCUGCCUCAGGUCAGUGCUGAGGUUCUUCGUGUAGCUGAGCACAGACACCGAAGAGGACUGAUGUACCCCCAGAUUUACCACAUAUUGACCAAGGGAGAGAUGAAGAUGCCAGUGUGUAUAGAGGAUGAGUGUAACUCUGAGCUGCCUCCUGCCUCUCUGCUGUUCCGUGCUGCCAGACAGUAUGCCUACGGCGUCCUCUUCAGUCUGGCUGAAACACACCGCCGCCUGGAGAGGCUCGCUCUCCGCAAGAGGGCUCCUCUAGAAGUUCCUCCGGUGAUCGUCAAAGAGUGGAGCAGCGGUAAAGCCAAGUCGGCCCUGACUCCGGAGCUGGUCCCGGCCCUGUGUUUCCGGGAGUGGACCUGCCCCAACCUGCGGCGGCUGUGGUUGGGUCGUGCCAGUGAGGACCGCUCCAGAAGAACCAGGGCCUUCCUGGCCUGCCUACGCUCCGACUGCCCAGCCCUCCUCAACCCAGCACAAGUCCCACAGCAUCUGCUGCUCAUGUGCUGCGUGCUCAGGUAUAUGAUGCAGUGGCCUGGAGGGAGGAUCCUCCAGAGACAUGAGCUAGAUGCCUUUCUGGCUCAGGCUGUUUCCAGCCAGCUCUAUGAACCCGACCAGCUCCAGGAGCUCAAGGUGGAGAAGGUGGAUGCUCGCGGCGUGCAGCUGGCGUCUCUCUUCAUGGCUGGUGUCGACACGGCGCUGUUCAUCAACGACGUGUGCGGCCAGCCGCUGCCAUGGGAACACUGCUGCCCCUGGGGCUUCUUUGACGGCAAACUGUUUCAGAGCAAACUGGCCCGGGCCGCUCGGGACCGGGCCGCCCUGCUGGACAUGUGUGAGGGGCAGGAGGAGCUGGUGUCCAAGGUAGAGAAGAUGCGUCAGGCAAUCCUCGAGGGCAUCAACCUGUCCCGCCCUCCUCCUCCUCCCCCUCCUCUUCCACCUCCUGCCUUCCUCCCCCCAGCCAUGGUGCCCCCUUUCUACCCAAUGCCUCCCCUCUACCCGCCUCGCCCCAUGGGAGGCAUGCCUCCUCAUCAUCACCCACAUCAUCCACAUCAUCCUGCCCAGCACAGACCCAGAGCCUUCCCAGGCCUUCAGUCCAUCCCUCCUCAGGGAGGGAAACUGGAGAUAGCCGGCAUGGUCGUUGGCCAGUGGGCUGGGAACAAACCAGUCCGUGGGAGAGGAGGGUUCAACAUGCAGGUGGUGUCAGUGGGAGCAGGGAGAGGGAGGGGUAAAGAGAUUCCAGCUAAAGUUCGAGGGGUGAAAAAGGCACCAACCAACAGAUCACAGACGUCGCCUCCUCCCCCAUCCAGCAGUCCCCCAAAGCCCUCAGAGGAGGCGGCCUCCUCGCCAGAGGUCUCGACUCAGCAGCUGAACGGCAGCUCAGCAGCCUCCGCCAUCGGCCAGCCCUUGGAGCUGGCCCCCCUGGCCCAGCCAAUCCCGUGUGCCUUAGCCAGCAGAGACAACCAAUCAGAGGGGGAAGUGGAGGCCCCCUGUUGCCUUGACGACUGCCCGUCAGAUGGAGCGCUACAGAAGGAAGAGUGAUGGCGUCCUCCCCGGGACGCUCCGCUCAGAGAGAGUUCUCUGUGUUUGACUGCCUUUCCCUGUUUUUGUAGCCCCGCCCGCUGACUGUGCACAUUACCACACGGAGCAGCAGGGACAGCGAGGCUCCUCCCCGCCGUCCCUGCUGCUCCCUGUGAUAGGCUCAAACAGUCAGCUGUUACUUCCUUUUUAGUUUUCUCAUGUGGUUUUACAUUGUUUUACGAAGAGAGGUUUUCUCCAUGAGUCUGUAAGCGCCCCACCCCUCAAAAAUCCUAAACGCCUCCCUCCCGCACUCAGAGUAAAAUAAGCUUGAAGCCCCACCCCCACAUUACAACCCACCACUUAAACGAUAACUUAUUUUAAACUUAUUUUGUGUUUUCUUAGAUGGUCCCAUUGUUUGAAUCUCUGCACGCAGAUGUUAAGCUUGCGGUUACGGUGACAGAUUGGAUGUGGUCGGUAGUUUGUGUGUGGAUGCGGUUUGUUGCCAUAGCCAUUUCGUGUGAGGUUUUGUCUUACAUGAACUCAGAGUUUGACUCUGGAGUCAGAUUUUAACAAAGUGACCCUCGUCCCCCCCAAAGCACUUCUGAACACACACUGUUAGUAUACUUACUAGCAACGAACCCCUUUUUAUUGAUUGAUUGGUUAUCUAUCACAGGAGCACUUCUGCACCACCAUGGUAUUAGCGUGCUGUCUUACUUUGACCCAUGUAGCAUAGCCGAGUGCUUAGCUGUGCUAAGAGACCCCUGAAUUUAUGCACCUUAAGCCCUAAAGUAUGCAAGAUAUUACCCCGCUCCUCCAAAAAAAGUGCAUUAUUAUAUUAUCUUCCCAUCCCCUUUGUCCCCUUACUCCCAAAGCUUUGAUUGUAUUCUCCCAACAGAAGCACUUAAAUGUUGUAUUUAAAUAGAAUGAAUUUGAUUAAGCCCCUAUACAGGUGAAUUGACAGUCUGAGAGGGGUGACCCCUGCGCCUAAGUAAAUCAUUAUGACAUGUGGAACUACAUUUUAAAGGUAGAGAUCUAUUUGAGAGACGUCAGAAUGUGACAGUGGUUUCAGACAAAGAAGCACUUUGUUUUAAAAAGAAAAUGUUAAACCACACUGGACAGUCUUCUACCAGGUGAUAAAAGAAACUCUGAGGCACCUUCUGGAGUUAAAAGGCCAAAAAAGAAAAAAAGAGAGAAAAAGAAUAACGCUGCCCGGCGAAAAGAUGGAAGUGAACAGUGAGGAUUUUGGGUAACUGCUGCCAGGCAGAGUUCCCUCCAGACUGGCCUCACAUGUUCAGUCAUGAACUUUGCAAUGAAGAUGAAAAAAUUCUCCACGUCGAGGAUUCCUGGGAAUCUUUUCAGAUUUCUAUGUAACAAAAAGAAAUAUUUCCAAAGUGUAUUUUAAAAAGGCUCGCCGACUGAGGCAGCCGAUGAUAUAAAACCAGGGGUGUGGCAACAAAGCCUCAAAGAUCCCCCCCCUCCACCCUCUGGUGGUGAUUGAGAAACGGUUGUCAGUACGAUAGCCCAGCACCAUGAGCCUCACGCAGAGCUCUGGUGUGUCACUUUAGACCAGCAGGAAGCACUUCCCUGCCCUUGAAGUACCUCUGCCCAAACAUGGCGGAGAGGCUUUAUGGGUCGGAUCACAUGACAGGAGAGAGGGAGGCCUCACGGCGGAACCCGAGUGUGUGCCGCUCACAAUCUGAGACUUCUAAGAUAAUGUUUUAUUAGAGCACUUAUGUUUGUAGAGAGCAAGAUGUGUCCCCCAUAAGUAGGUUUCAUCUGACUACGGAAAUACAACUUACCGACAGCUGGUAGCACAACUGCAGUAAGACCGACAGAUACUGCCUGAGAGAUGCUGGCCAUGAACAUUAUAAUCUCUGUAAAGAGAGGUUGAAAUGAGCUCACUAUGUUAAACAGAAAAAGUCAACAAAGAAGCACCUUAUUUUCUUACUAUGUUGAUGACUUGCGCUCUGUCGUGUGCCACAGAAUUGACAUGGAAAAAGCUCUUACGAAAUGCCAUUAUGGAAGGAAAAAACCCUGACUAUGUAUGUAAGUGUUAAUGUAGUCGCGUCAGACAUCCCCUCAGUUAUGAACUCAAACCAUGACAGUUGACCCAGCCAGCCGUGAGCGUAGGCCUACGCUCGCCAUCACGGGCUGGGCCGCGCCGCCGUCUCUUACACCAACACCAAACGAAAUCAGAGGUUUGUUAGCCGUUUAUUGGUAGGGAUUUAAAAAGUGCUGUAGGUGUUUUAUAGGUUAAGAGUAGCGUCGGGCUUAAACACAGGACUGUAAUACACAGACACCAAGACUAGGCUAGAGAAUAUAGCUCCACUGGCCGAAAUACUAAGUCUAGAAUUACUAGGAGUCAUAUACUUAACUGCUUUCAACUUUUGACAUUAGUACAAAUAUGUGUAUCGCAACAGUACAUUGUUAGAAGAUGGCUUUUUUCUGCGGCGAGCCAGAGUGUGAUCUGGUAUACGAUGCCCUCUCUCGAUUCGCUCGCCACACACACACACCUAACACAUAACACACGCACACAUACACAUAACACAAACGUACAUAAAAACACACGACAAAUAAACAGGUAUUCAGUUGCAUUUGUUACCAGCAGCAUUCUCUCUGCUUUUGUGCUGAAGUGAUUUUGUGCAGUUUCCCAGUGGAGUGGUCGUCAGUUCAUCAGAGAUCAUUUUGGUAACACAUUCUACUGACUCUUCGAAAAAAAGGUUUAAAAAAAACAGAUGAAAUCCCACAUUUUCAAGUUUUGCAUGGACGGAUUAGAAAAUACAUGUUCGAGGUGUCACAGAAACAGAAACAACCAUCCAAACACGCAGAACGCGUCACAUUAACAUAACACACACACACACACACACACACACACACACACAGAAACAUAGAUGUUAAACCCUGAGUUACACAGUAGCUAGUAUGGAAAAAAAAAACACAAUACAUGAUGUAGUGUCCCUCUCUCGUCCUUGUCUGUUUUAGUUCGAUAGAUAUUUGAUCAGUGAUUUUUAUGCUUGUUCUCCUAACCCCCCCUCCCCUCUGCUAUGACACCUUUUCUCGCCCCUUCCCUCCCCGAAAAUGUUCAUUCACUUCUCUCUGCCCCUUAAUCUUCCUCAUAGAGUACAUGCAUCCACUCACAAACACUCACACUUACACACACCCGCGCCAUGCCCACUGACUCCCAUUAAAAGCAGUCACACACACAAGACACACACAUUUUUACACACAGAUUCCCGCCACUUCCUGUAUUUCAGUUCUCUCUAUCACCUCCCUCUCUGCCUUUCCUUUUAGCCCUUUAGGACCGUUUCUAUUGGCCGUUUUCUCUUUUUCUCUUUGGGCUGCCCCGCCCCUUAAUCAACCCAACUAACAGUAAAGGUUAUAUUAACGUUGAUAAUCAGUUUCUGUAUGUAUCUAGCCAGAGUCUGGAAAAAAAAAUCAGAAAAAAAAACGGUUUUAUUCAAUUGUGCAAAUGUGUUUUUCUUACUAUUUUUAAUGUUAUUACAUCUUCUAAUCUAAUCCUUCUACCAUUGCUUCAGUUAGUACUGAAAUACGCUUAGCCAACCUAGAGAUUUGAACUGUAAUGAUUGCGAUUUUCCUUACCUGUAUUUUAUAUGGCAUCUUUAGACCACCGUUUAUUAUGUACGUAAGUAAAUAUUGCCCGUUUUUUUUUUUUUUUUUUUGAUGAAAAUUGUCGUCUGCACUAUGUUGUGAUUCUAUGGAAGCCUGUUUCUGCCAGUAAAAGGAAAAAAUAAGAUGAAUACUUGGCCCUAGCGACAAUAUAAUGACAAACGUCACAAAAUAACAUCUCAGAAUCUCAAAAAUAAUGAGAAACAUUAUAAUAAUCACAUAGUUUGUCUAAAAGAUGACUUGAUAUCGGAAAGGUAUCUCAAAAUAAUGAGUGAGUCUCUCAACAAUGAUUUAGCACAAAUGAGUCCUUCUUGAGACAGACUUAAUUAAUUAAAUUAAUAAAAAAACUAAAAAUUCUGACUCAGUAUAUCAAAAUGAAAUUCUCAAAAAUAACAUGGUAAUGUCGUCGUAUCUCGGGAGGAACUAACUCAAUAAUCCAAGAUAUUUUUUAGAAAAAUCAUUAUUUUGAGAUCAUAACUCUAUUUUGAGAAAAUGCCUGUUUUGAUAUAUGUAAAAUCUCUAUUUCGAGAUCUAGGACACUUAUUUUUAGCUACCAACCCAAUUAUUUUUAUAUUAUUAUUUUUUAUAUUUUGAGACAUUUUUGAGGUAGUAACUAAUUGUUUUGAGAUAAGGUAACUUAUUUUUGAGAAAGUGACUUUUUGAGAUACUUAUUCAUUGUUUUAAGAUAAGAACUUAUUUCAAGAUACUGAGUUAUUGUAGGAUAGGUCAUUGUUUUGAGAAAAAAAUCAAAAAAAUUUACAAUUUCAAAACUAAUUGUCCUGUGAUUUUAAGACGCUGUCCUUUUGAGACGUUAAAUCAUUACUUUGAGAAAGUGAAUCAUAACUUGCUUUUUAUCUCUUUAAAAUCACAUUGGCAGUAAAUGGGCUUCCAUAUAAUUCUCAUAAUUAUCCCUGAUAACAAUUUCGUGGUCGACUCAUUAUCAACCUUAAGCUGAACUCUGCGCCCUUGCACAAAGCAGCGAAACAUCUCUUGUAAACACCUGAGAACCAAAGUACACCUAGCAUCCCCCUCUACCCCCCUAUAAAGCCCCCAUAGUGCCCCGACGGUUCGCCCCCCGAGUAACAAGUUUUCUGAUGAGUAUGAUUAUAUAUAUAAUGACAUUACAGCACGUGUGAUUUAUCUGACAAGUCUGUGAGGUAACGGUGUAUUUUUAUUUUAUUUUUUAAACACUGUGGUUUUCGUGGAGACGCAGACAGACAGGGAAAGAAAGUGUGUUUGUGUGGACAGUGAGGGAGCGAUGUUGUUACUUCUUCGUUGACUGAAUUCAGGCUGUUCUGAACCAAUGCACUCGCUCAGAUCGACACUCGUACACAGAAAGGAGCAAAUAAUGCUUUCAUUCACGCUGGGGUUUUGGCGCCCUCUUUUGCAUUUUUUUUUUCUUACAUGUAAUUGUUGUGCGCUCUCAAACUUGCCUUUAACUUCCCCGACUCAGAUUGAAAGAGCAACUUCUUGCUGUGCUGAGUCUCUCCGUGUGUCGGCGCGGAGGCUGCUGACCGCGGCUGAAAUCUCCUCAGAACACACAUCUGAGAUUAGUUGGCUUCAAAAUAAACCUCAUACUGCAAGUAAGAAAUUAUUUUCCAUGUAUGAUGACGAAAAUGUGGAAACAAUUAGCAGAUAAAUUGUUUAGAAGUUAUUUGUAACUAUUAGAAAACCAAACAAGCUCAAGUUUGAAAUUUUUUAAUUGGCCGUUUCUCUUUAGAGCUGCAACGAUGGUCAGUUGAUCAGUCGAUUCACAGAAGAGAUUUUUAUAUUAUCAUUGGACUGUUGUUUAAAUAAAACCAUUUGUAUCUAUUUUCUGACAUUUAGAUUUAAAGAUAUUCUAUGCCUCUUUUUUGCCAAGAAUAACAAAGUUGGAGGCACACAGAAUGCAGUUAUACUUGCUGUGUAAUGUUACCAUGUUGAUUUUGUUCCUAAUUUUAUCUCUGCAGCUUUUAGUUUGAAAUCUGUUGUAGAUCUUUUUUUAAUGGUGGCAAUAUGACCAAAAAAAAAAAAUGUAUCGAUUUUUAACACGUAUCAAAAAAGUAUCGAUACUUUUGACAACUUCAUUUUUGACCAAACAAUCCAUUUUAACCAGAAUAAUCGUUGGUAACAGUCCUGAUAUCUUUAUGUUGGGAGAAAAUGAAUAUUUUAAAUGUCACAACAGGAAUUCUGGAAAUUUUUGAUAAUUGAUUUGAGCUUUCUGUUUAUAAUCCAUGAAAAUUCAAUUGUGAUAAAUUUCUCUUAGACUCAGCUGAUAACUGCUCAAUUUGUUUAUCAUUUUGUGAUAUUUUAAAGACCAAACUAUGAAUCAGUUGGUCGAUAAAUUAAUCGUUGCAGCUCUAAAAGACUCUAACUGUAGUCAAAUUCCAAUCCAUGAAAGUGAAAUUCUGAUCUAAUCUCCAGUUUCUCGCCUGAAUCUCAGCUGAAGUGUUGUGAGGAAGAUUCUCUGUGACCGAUGAUGAAAUGAUAAAAAGCCUCACUGCCGACGCAAACAGGAGCACCUCUGAAGAGCUCGACAAUGUUAAAGAGAACCAAAAGUCCCAGAAUAGAAAUGUACUCUGUUGUAUUGUAGAAGUCAAACAGUAUUAUUGUCUGUCAUACAGAAUGUGGAAAGGAGUCAUCAGUUGUGUUGUACCUGUUCUGAUCUAUUUGCAGGAUUCUCGCAGCAUUUUGUCCAGUUUGAGUUAUAAAAAAAAAGGUCCCUAUUCUGUCUGUCUCUCUCUACACUGCCGCUCCCCCCCUCAACAGCCCCCCAAACUCCAGUAUAAUCCCCCCCAGUCCCAGUAAGGGGCUCCAGUUGAUCAUUAUGGGCUACUUCUUGUCACGUUGGUCAAUCUUGCCCACAAUAAGUGUCCCGAUGCAUGCACUUCAGGGCCACCCGAAACUACCUGUGCAGCGAAAAGGGUUGAAAUGUAUCCAUAAUAUUACUGUUAUAGAAAUAUUAUCAUCAUCAUUAUUGCUGUUAUAAUUAUGGUUGGUAUAAUUUGUCAUCAUUGUUAGCAUUAUGGAAGCACCGGACUGUUUGUGGAAAGACAAGAAAAAAGUAAGCUUUUUUUUUUGGUUUAUUUUUAUUUUUAUUUUUUUCUGGCUGUUGGUGGUCUGAUCUCACAGAGGGAGGGGAGGAAUGGUUCAGAAAGAGACAAAGAUGGCAGUCAUGUUUGUACUGGUUGGGAAAUGACUUACAGUGCUGAAAUAAAAUUUAUUCUUUUAGUAAAAAAAGUA